UAUGGUGUGUGUGUAUGGUAUGUACACCCUGCGAUGGCUUGGUGCCCCUGCCUUGCACCCGUAUCCUCUGGAAAAGGCUCUGGACCCCUAUGUUCCUGAAUACAGAAGAUUGGUGGAGUUCAUCAAAAUCCCUCCGAAUUCCAAUGUUAAAAUGCUUGAUCAUGCUGGAAAUCCUGAGUGUUAUUCUGGCUCUAGUCCCAGUGGUAGCAGUUUGCCCCGAUCAGUGUAAAUGUGUAGAAAACUUCACUGUCAUCUGUCAAGACCAAGGGCUCACAGAGAUCCCACCCCUACCACCUGAAACCAAACAUCUUUACCUUUCUAACAACAUAAUCCAUUCUCUUCCAAACCAUGGACUGGAAGAAGUGCAGGUUUUGGAUCUUACGAAGAACAAACUCAACACUUCGGUAUUUUCCAGCUUUGUCUUUCCAGAGAUGAGGGCUCUCACAAAGCUUUUUCUUAAGACUAAUGGUUUGAAAGCAUUUUUCCCAGUCCGGCAGCAAUAUUUCAAUAUUUCUCAGCUUACUCUACUGGAUCUCAGUGAUAAUGACAUUCAGACUCUGCCGCCUGGUUCGCUUCAGGGAUUGCAGAACCUGUCAACACUCAUUCUUAGCCUGAACCAGAUCCACAGUCUGUACCCUGGGGCACUGGAGGGAGCUUCUCAACUUUCUGUACUUCAUCUCAGUGGCAAUGUCAUAGAAGAGCUGCAGGAGGGCGUGUUUGAGAAUGCCACUAAUUUGAGAAAAUUAAUUUUGUCCAUGAACAAACUCAGGACCAUGACAAAUGGAUCACUGAGGGGUGCUGUGAGUCUAUGUCACCUGGACCUUAGCAGCAAUCAGUUUACGUCUAUACCAGUGGCUGCUCUCCAGGAUACCCCGCAACUUGAGAGUCUCUAUCUCCAUAAGAACCGUAUCACCAGUAUUCCAAAGAAUGCCUUUGCAAGCCUUGGGUCACUGCAGACCUUGGAUCUAAGUAAUAAUCUUCUGGGUAAUAUAGCUGACAGAGCCUUUAGAGGAUUGUUUAAACUGGGUAUUCUGGAACUCAGUUUCAAUAAACUUCAGUUUCUUCAUUUUGGCACAUUCAAGGAUCAAGGAAGGUUGGAGGUAUUAGAACUUUUUCACAACGAAUUGAAAAUUCUGCCCAAUGGUUUGUUUGACCAGCUGACAAUGUUAAAGGAACUUCAGCUGGAGCAUAACAAAAUCUCUAACAUUCCCCCUGACAUUUUUUGGAAAACAAAACACCUAAAGGAGUUGCAGCUGAACCACAACAAUAUUAGCUCUCUACCUGCCACCAUAUUCCAAAACCUGAGAAAACUCAGAAUCCUGAAACUCAACAACAAUCUCUUAUCUAUCCUCCACCCCUCUCUAUUGACUGGCCUCCGGAGCCUGAAAGAGCUUUACCUAAAUACAAAUAAGAUAAAGAGGUUCCCAGCAGGGUUACUUAAAGACCUGCACAAUCUUAAGUUACUUGAUUUGGACAAAAAUGUUUUGACCGCUCUAAUCCCAGUCGACACUGGUCAAGUAGUAAUCAGUAUAGAGGAACUGGAAAAUGCCAUGUUUGACAAAACGACAGCUCUGACCAAAUUAAUUUUGUCCAGAAACAAGCUCAAUAACUUGAGCAAUGGAACACUGAAGGGUUGUGUAAGCUUGCGUCAUCUGGACCUUAGCAAGAAUAAGUUAACAUCUGUUCCGACUGCUGCUCUCGAGGAUGUCCCCCAUCUACAGAACCUGUAUCUCCAAAACAACCUUCUCACUAGCAUCCCAGAAAGUGCCUUUGCAAGUCUGAGGUCACUACAGACCCUGGAUGUAAGCAAUAAUAACCUCAUAAGCAUAGCGGGGAGAGCCCUAGAAGGACUGUUUCAAUUGGGCAGAUUGGAUCUCAGUUUUAAUCAGAUUAAGUUAGUUCCUCCUGAUUCAUUCCAAGACCAGAACAAACUAGAAAUGUUGAAGCUUAACCAUAAUGAGCUAAGCAUUCUGCCAGACACUUUGUUGGGCAACCUGACAAUGCUAAAGGAUCUUCAGUUGCAAUUUAACAAAAUCUCCAAAUUGCCCCCUAAUAUUUUCAAUAAAACCGUUAACCUCUUGGAGCUGCGGUUAGAGCAUAAUUACUUUAGCAGUCUUCCCGCCUUCAUCUUUCAAGACUUGAGCAAUCUCAGGACGCUUAAACUCAACAACAAUCUCUUAAACAUCCUCCAACGCACCUUAUUCCUCAGCCUCCAGGGUCUGAAAGAGCUUUCACUCAAUAUGAACAAGGUAGAAAGGCUCCCAGCUGGUUUGCUUAAAAAUCUUCAAAAUCUUCAGGUACUCCAUCUGGAAGAUAACCUCCUUAGCACUUUAAGUCCACAUAACAUCACAACAACAGAGAAUAUGGAGGAGAGCAUAUUUGAAAACAACACAAAUCUAACACAUUUAAUUUUAGCCAGAAAUAGGCUUAGUAGUUUGAGAAAUGGAACACUGAAGGGUGCAGUGAAGUUACGACAUCUGGAUCUUAGCAGCAACAUGCUUGUGUCUGUGCCAGUGGCUGCUGUCAAGGAUCUCGCCCAACUGCAAAGCCUGUAUCUGCAAAAGAACCUUCUCAACAGCAUCCCAGAAAGUGCCUUUGCAAGUCUGAGGUCACUACAGACCCUAGAUCUGAGCAACAAUAACCUCAUAAGCAUAGCUGAAAGUGCCCUAACAGGUUUAUUCCAGCUAGGUAAGCUGGAUCUGAGUUACAAUAAGAUUCAGUCCCUUCCUUCAGAGUUAUUCCAAGCACAGGACAAACUGGAAAUAUUAGACCUUUACCAUAAUGAGCUCUGCAUUCUUCCAGUAGGUUUGUUUGAUAACUUAACAAUGCUUAAGGAACUGAACCUGGACAGCAACAACAUUUCUCAGAUACCUCCUGAAAUUUUCCAAAACACAAAUAUGCUCAGUGAACUGCAGCUGAAUAACAAUAAACUUUCAAACCUUCCUCCGUCUCUGUUCUUUGGACUCAAAAUACUCAAGCGUCUUUACUUGGAUAACAAUAACUUGUCAACCAUUCCCAGCAAAAUCUUUCAGAAAACCUGUCAUCUCAAAGCACUGCAGCUAGAUCAUAACAGCAUCACAUCUCUCCCUAGUAAUGUCUUUAAUAAUUUGAAGAAACUCAGGAAACUGCAGCUGAAUAACAAUUUAUUGACAUUCCUCCAACCCACAAUGUUCACUGACCUCAGGAGCUUAAAAGAGCUUACACUUAACAUGAAUUCAAUAAGGGAGCUCCCAAUGGGUUUACUCGAAGACCUUCAGAGUCUUAAAAUCCUUGAUUUAGACAACAACUUCCUAACCACACUGAGCUCAGACAAUUUCAAGAACAUGGUAAAACUCAAGGAGCUGCAACUGAGUUUUAACCACCUUAAGGAGCUCCAGCAUGGUACCUUCUACUCACUGGUAAAUCUUCAAAAGCUGUUCCUCAAUAACAAUCAGUUGACAUCGCUGCCAAAACGUAUAUUUGCUCCUCUAGCAAGGCUUCGCGACCUCGACUUGGAUAAUAAUCAGCUUAGGUGGCUUCCGUCUGAGCUCUUUCAGAACCUUAACCACCUUCACGAGCUAUUCCUUAAAAACAACCACCUCAAGAUCCUGGCAAAUGGGACACUGGAGCCUCUAAAGAAACUCAGGGCCAUUCAUCUGGAUGGGAACCAUUGGGACUGCAACUGCAGCUCAAUAGUGUACAUUAGCAGUUGGGUCAAGAAAUAUUCCCUAAAGCUGCAAGACCAUCCAAAAUGCUCUGUUGUCAAUACAUCCCUGUCGCAGGCAGGCCUUUUCCCUUCAUCGUUCUCAAGGCAUUGCAGUGGAGCUGCAUGGCGCAUUACAGCUGUGACAUCAUCGCAGACGAUGGCGUUCCUCAUGGCACUAUACUGGGCUUCUGACUUUUAAGUUCAUGACAUACUGUAGAUCAUUACUCAUGUAACCUGUAAGUUGAGAAAACAAAACUGCGUUGCUAACUGUAAAACCUAAGCUUUUAAAAUGCAUGCUUUUUCUAUGUUACUUUUAAUUCCCUGUUAAAGUCCGCUGGUCCUUUGGUAGUUAAGUCGAUUUCAAUAGAAAACCAAGAAUAUAAUGGGUGAGAUCGCAUUUUUAGAGCCUAAAUGCGGAUGCCAGUGUGGUUUAUUGCAGAUUCACAGAUCUGCAGACAUUGUGGUGUUGUUCAGCACAUCUUCAAAAACCACAGGACCAAAGUGUUCAGAACACCAGCAGAUAUCUGCACAUGAAUGCGCAGACGAAUGACAUCCUGUUCAUUUUGUCGCUCCUUGAUUGUCACUAUUGAAAUUACAAUAAAACACAUAAUUUUCUGUAAGAAA